AGCACAAAAGAGAAGUGAAGAAAGAGAAGAGAAUCCAACAGAGAAGAAAGCGAAGGUUGCAGGAAUGGCUUUCUUUGGUAGAGUUGGGAAUAUACUAAGGCAAGCAACGAAUAGGAAGAUCAGUUCAGAGUUAUGUUCAUUCCCUUCUGUUUUCCAAGCUAUACGGUGUUUUUCAAGUGCUCCAAGCUCAAAGCUGUUUAUAGGAGGUGUUUCAUAUACUACGGAUGAGCAAAGUUUGAGGGAAGCAUUUUCCAAAUAUGGCGAAGUUGUUGAUGCAAGGAUAAUUAUGGAUCGUGAAACUGGUAGGUCCAGAGGAUUUGGCUUUAUUACUUUCGGUACAGUUGAGGAGGCAUCAAGUGCCAUUCAGGCCUUGGAUGGACAGGAUCUGCAUGGUCGCCGGGUUAAGGUAAAUUUUGCUAGUGAGAGACCCCGUGGAUUUGGUGGGGGUGGUUUUGAUGGAUCCUAUGGUGCUGGAGCUGGCAGUGGAUAUCCAGGUGGAUAUGGUAACUCUGCAUAUGGUGCUGCUUCAAGUGGUGGUGGUGGGUAUGGUGAUGCUGGUGCCUAUGGUGGCAAUGUUGGUGGAGGUUAUGGUAGUAGUGGAUAUGGUGGCGGCGGCUAUGGAUCAGGUGGCAGUUUUGGGGGCAGCAGCUCUGGCAACUAUGGUGCUGUUGACAGUACUAUAAGUGCUGGUGGCAAUGUUGCUGGAGGUUAUGGUAGCAGUGGAUAUGGUGGAGGUGGCUAUGGAUCAGGUGGCAACUUCGUGGGCAGCAGCUCUGGCAAUAACUAUGGUGCUGAUGACAGCACUAGAAGUGCUGGUGGCGGUUAUGGUGGAAGUGGAAUGAAUUAUGGGAAUGAUGGUAGCUUUUCUAGUGGAAACACUUACAAUAAUGGAACCGGUGGAGGUUAUGGUGGUAACAGUGGGAACUAUGGUGUUGGUGUUGGAGGAAGUGAUAAUGUUAACUAUGGUAGUGCUCCUAGUGAUGGAGGUUAUGGUAGCUACGGUGCUGGUGCUGGUGCUGGUGCUGGCCAGAGUGAUAAUCAUGAAAGUUCUGCUGGAUUUGGUGGCAGUGAUAAUUAUGCUAGUGCUGGUGCUGGUGCUGGUGGCAGUGACCGUUUUGCCUGAUAUACUUUUCAAGCAUGUAAAUCAGUGAAUUCUUGCAGGGAAGAAAGAAACGUUAGUCCUCUUACGCUUCCUUCUUUCGUUUUGUCAUAAAUCAGCAUCUAAAUUUUGUUGCAUACCUUGAGGUUAUUUGGGGUUUUGACCAAAUUGAGAUCUUUAUUUGGCAUGUAAAUCAGUGAAUUCUUGCCACUGUA